AUGUCCCUUGGUAUCUCCAUCGGUGAUAUUGUUCUCUGUGCAAAAAUUGCUCACAAGCUCUUCUCAUGUGUCACGACGGGACGCAAAGAGGCAUCAAAGGACCUCAAAGAACUACCCGAUGUUUUAUUUAGCCUUUGUUAUACUCUUCACAUAUUGAGAAAGGAGUAUGAGACUGUAAUAACAAGAGUAGAGAAGAAUGAAUACUUGGGUUACAUGAUUCAGUCUUGUCAAGCGACGCUUCAAGAGCUCGACACUGCCACGGCCUACUACCGAGAGAUCAUCGAUGUUGGAAGGACAACCAAAUGUUUCAGAUCGCAAGCUAAGAUUCAAUGGAAACGAGUCCUGUGGAGCUUUCGUGGAGAUACAUUUACCAAAUACCGACAAAAGCUUCAAUUGCACACCGACUCGCUUAACUUGCUUCUGAGCACCUUUAUAUGGUCUGCUGCCAGUCGCAUUGAAACAAGUGAGCGAGCAAACGAGCAGAGGCUACAUCACCUUCUGCACCAAGCUUCUCAGUUCUCCGAAGAUUUUCGACAGUCGAUGCAGAUUUUACAUGCCAACAUCAAUUUCACAGAAUGCCGUAGCAUUCUUGGUUCGCGCGUUUCAAUAUGCUUAUCUGGCUAA